GAGGAAGAAGGGCUAGUUCUUUAAGGCUAAUUGGGUACCUCCCACUCGCCUCCCUUUCUCUUCCCGAGGCUCUUUAACACCCUGGUGUGGGAUGCUAGCCCUUAUGUGAAGCUCGCAUGCCAGAUGUGAGGACCUGCAGUUGGAGCUUCUGUAUUACUCAGGAGACAGUGAGAACAGCUGAGCUCCAAAGCAGGGGCCCAGGACCCUAUCUUACCACAGACUCACUUCUGUGCCCCAACACCAAGCCACCCAGCUCCAUGAGUCACCACAGCACCAGCAGUGGAUCAGAAAACACAACAAAGACCAUGCUCUGGGGCUGUGAGCUCAAUCAGGAGAAGCAGACUUGCACCUUUAGACCCCAAGGAGAAAAGAAGGACAGCUGUAGACUGUUGCUCAGCACAAUCUGCUUGGGGGAGAAAGCCAAAGAGGAGCUGAAUCGUGUGGAAAUCGUGCCCCCGGCAAACCAGGAGGACAGAAAAUCACCAGUCACCAUUGCCUCACUGAAGGCCUCCGUCCUGCCUAUGGUCACAGUGACGGGCGUGGAGCUUAAUCCUCCAGUGACCUUCCGGCUCCGGGCUGGCUCAGGACCUGUGUUCCUCAGUGGCCAUGAAUCCUAUGAGACUUCAGACCCCGUACCCUGGGAAGACGAAGAGGAAGAUGAGGAAGAAGAGGAGGAUGAAGAAGAAGAUGAAGAUGAAGAUGUGGAUAUAUCACUAGAAGAUACACCUGUCAAACAAACCAAAAGGAUGGCUCCCCAGAAGCAGGCAAACUUGGCUAAGAAAAAAAAGAUAGAAAAAGAAGAGGAGGAGGCUGUAAGGCCCAGCCCUCAGGACAAGAGUCCCUGGAAGAAGUCUCCCCCAUCUGCACAGGUGAAAGCUACACCCAAACCUAGGAAGUCAGCAUCCAGGAAAUGAGGCGCUCACCUUGGUAUCUCUGUGUCCGAGGGAGGGUGUCUACCAGCUGUUCUCUGGUUCAGGUGUCCAGCCCUCCACCUGAAUCUAAAUGUAAAUAAGGUGCUGUGGGGGCCACACAGGAGCCCUACAACCUGGCCCUUCGAUUUCAGGAGGCUCUUGGAGAAGAACCCCACAAGCAUGCAUAAGCCACAAUAAAAUUUGCACAAUCAGA